GGGCUCAGAACUUCGUCAGUCUUUGUCAGUUCAGAUCUCGUUCGCUGCUGAAUCAAAAUUAUAAAUUGUGAAAAAGUAGAAGUCGUUUUAGUCUUUUUACCUUCCAACUUUGAUACUAAACUGAAUUGUUUUAAACUAAAGAAAACCAUAAAUCCAAAAUGGGUGAUGAAGGCGGUGGCGGUGGCGGUCAUAGCAAGGACCUGAAGGGAUUCCUCACGGACUUCAUGAUGGGCGGCGUUUCGGCGGCGAUUGCCAAGACUGCUGUGGCGCCCAUCGAGCGGGUGAAGCUGAUCCUGCAGGUGCAGGAGGUGUCCAAGCAGAUAGCGGCGGAUCAGCGCUACAAGGGCAUCAUCGACUGCUUCGUUCGCAUUCCCAAAGAGCAGGGAUUCUCGUCCUUCUGGCGCGGCAACUUGGCCAACGUGAUACGUUACUUUCCCACCCAGGCCCUGAACUUCGCCUUUAAGGAUGUGUACAAGUCGGUCUUUCUCGGCGGCGUAGACAAGCAUAAGCAGUUUUGGCGCCAUUUUGCAGGAAACUUGGCCUCUGGCGGUGCAGCAGGUGCCACUUCCUUGUGUUUCGUUUAUCCCCUUGAUUUUGCCCGAACCCGCUUGGCCGCCGACGUGGGUAAGGGCGGCAAUCGGGAGUUCAACGGCCUGAUCGACUGUCUGAUGAAGGUGAUCAAGAGUGACGGCCCCAUUGGCCUGUACCGCGGCUUCAUAGUUUCGGUGCAGGGCAUCGUCAUCUACCGGGCCGCCUACUUCGGCUUCUACGACACGUGCCGCGACUUCUUGCCGAAUCCGAAGAGCACGCCCUUCUAUGUGAGCUGGGCGAUUGCCCAGGUGGUCACCACCGUGGCCGGCAUUGCGUCCUAUCCCUUCGACACCGUGCGCCGUCGCAUGAUGAUGCAGUCCGGCCUGAAGAAGUCCGAGAUGAUCUACAAGAACACGGCCCACUGCUGGAUGGUGAUUGCCAAGCAGGAGGGCAUCGGUGCCUUCUUUAAGGGCGCCCUAUCGAACAUUAUUCGCGGCACCGGCGGUGCCUUAGUUCUCGCCAUCUACGACGAGAUGAAGAAGUAUCUUUAGCCCCGUUUUCCGGCCGUUUGUGGUGCGCCCGCUUGGUGGCCAUCUGCAUCAGGCGCACCACAUAGCACACCACGAGAGCGCCCCACCGGCAGAACCCACCGUCAACACACCGGUUUCACCCCUUUAUAGCAAAGGAUUAGGACCCCAAUAAAUUAAAAUGAUUUGAUGGUAGGUGGUGGCAUUGCUGCCCCUCUUCUUCUCAUUUUGUGUUCACAGUGGUUGAGAAAAUACAAAUAAUUUAUUGAACUUAAA